AAAGCUUCCUUUCUAGUCGCCCCCUGCUCCCUGAGUCAGUCAACUCUGCAAUCCAAACCGUCCAUCUCACCACUUCCACCAAUUUGUGUGCUCAAAGAUUGGACCUUUACGCCUGCCCAUCUCCCCAUUUCUCAAUUAAGAAACCCAAUCAACCCAUAUAUUCACUUUCCUCGUCAAAGCUUUGAUUUUUAUUACAUCAAGUUCUGGGUUGGUUCAAUCUCAGUACGCAGAGUCUGCCUUGGAGGUUUUUGCUACUUACCCUUUUGCUAGUCUGGUCUCUUCUCAAUCGGGUUGGUCUUGUUUUUCAAGUUUGAACUCAAAGUUUUGAUCUUUGCCUUCAUCUGGGUUUUUGUGUUCGCUCUGUAAUAUAUAGCUAUGAAUAUACUAGUAAGACUGAAACGUGUUUUACUGCCGUCUGUUGUUGAUCCCAUGGCUUAUAGUAGUAGUGCUGGUAAGAAGCAGCGUCUGAAAGACUAUGCCUCUUUCCGGCGAUUCGUGUCACUUGUUUCGAUUACAUGCUUGGCAGUUUUUCUGCUGGUUUUCCUGUUAAGAAUGAAUUCAAGUUCGAAUUUUGGGGUGCCCUUUUCGGAUGAGUUUGAUGAGGUGUUGCCUAGGAGUUAUAAUCGAUCACUUAUUAGCCGAAGACUUAACCUUCCCAAGCAGAAUGAUUUGUCAAUUGAGUUGGAGAAGAGAAAUCAGAUGCCUCCUAGAAACUUAGAUCUGUAUCCGAGUCUAGCUAAGGAUCAUAUAACUGUUGUUCUAUAUGUACACAACCGACCGCAAUAUCUGAAAGUAGUUGUUAAUAGUAUAUCUCAGGUUAUAGGAAUCAAUGAGACUUUACUGAUAGUUAGUCAUGAUGGGUACUUUGAGGAAAUGAAUAAGAUUAUUGAGGGUAUUAGGUUUUGCCAAGUGAAGCAGAUAUUUGCUCCUUUCUCGCCCCAUGUCUUUCCCAGUGGCUUUCCGGGAGUGUCACCUGCGGAUUGUAAGGAGAAGGAUAAUGCUGCAGAGAAGCACUGCAAAGGGACUCCUGAUCAGUAUGGGAACCACAGGUCGCCAAAGAUUGUGUCCUUGAAGCAUCAUUGGUGGUGGAUGAUGAACACGGUGUGGGAUGGAUUGAGUGAGACUAAGGAACACAAUGGUCAUAUUCUUUUCAUAGAGGAAGACCACUUUCUUUAUCCCAAUGCAUAUCAGAACUUGAAGAUAUUGACUGAGCUGAAGCCUAAAAAAUGCCCUCACUGCUAUGCUGCGAAUUUGGCACCUUGUGAUGUGAAUGCCAGGGGAGAAGGAUGGGAUAGUUUGAUUGCAGAGAGAAUGGGAAAUGUGGGUUAUGCAUUUAACCGGACUAUUUGGAGGAAGAUCCAUAAGAAGACCAGCAAGUUCUGCUAUUUUGAUGAUUACAAUUGGGAUAUUACAAUGUGGGCGACAGUUUAUCCCUCAUUCGGUAAUGCUGUUUUCACAUUACGAGGGCCUAGGACGAGUGCAGUGCACUUUGGAAAGUGUGGUUUGCACCAGGGCCAGGAGGGUGAGAAAGCAUGCGUUGAUAACGGCGUGUUGAACUUUCAUGUGGAAGAUGCAGACAAGGUUGCAAACAUCAAUCCAGACUGGGAAGUGCGAGUCUUUGAGAAUCAGCCGGGGUAUAAAGCUGGGUUCAAGGGUUGGGGAGGUUGGGGUGACAAGAGAGACCAUCAGUUGUGCUUGAAUUUUGCUCAGAUGUAUCAUUUAUAGAUAAUAUAAACAUCAAUUCUUCUCUAUCUUUUUGCCCCUGACUGUUGUAAUGGGUAGAAAAUCUGGAUUUCUUUUUGUGGAGUGAUUAAUCAAUGGCAUGAGUAGCUGUUAGGUGUUUGUAUUACCUUUGUUGCUCCAUAAUGUUACAAUCAUAUACACGCUUCAUCUUGAA